GGAACGUUCAACGUUGGUUUUAAAAUUUGACAAACCACGAUUGCGCUAGACGUUUUUGUUUAUUAUAUGAUUUGUGUGAUAUUAAUUAAAAUGUUAUACCAUUUGUAAUAUUUAUAACUAUUUAUAAACAAGAACAAACAAAAUGAAACCCAAAAUUAGUACCGGUUUUUUUACACCUCCAAUGAACAGAAAAAGAAAAGAAAAUGUGCAAACUCCGGUACGAAAUCAAAACAACGAGAUUAUUUUUAGUGAGGAAAUAUACGAGACAAUCAUGGGUGACCCAAUUAAGCGUAAAUUGAUGUUGCAAAUAUUUGCACAAGAAAAAAAUGCCAUUGAAGAAUAUAAACGAAACGAAAAGAAAAAGAAACUUGUAGCCUCAAGUCCCUUAAACAAAUUGAAAGGAAAGUAUAAAUGUGAGAGCCCCACUGCUUUAUUAAGAAGAAGGGCACUUGAACAGCAAGCUAAAGAAAAUGAAAAUGAUUUAAAUUCUGAGAGAAGUUCUUCCAGACAGUCAACAUCUAGUGCCGGAAGUCCAGUUCCAUCACCGAUACCAUUUGAUAAACUCUUAGAAGGUGUUAGAGCUUAUGUUGAGGUUAGGAGUAAAGAUCAAGAUCGUUCUGCAGGGGCUAAGGCCUUGAUGAUAUCCAUGGGUGCUAAAGUUAGAGAUGUAUUUACCAAGGAUGUUACCCAUGUUGUUUUUAAGGAUGGUGGUUUUUCCACAUAUCAAAAGGCAAAGCUGAUGAAAGUCCAUCUUGUGUCGGUUUUGUGGCUUGAAGCUGUAAGGAAAAAUAUGUUUAAAGUUCCAGAGAAAGAAUACCCUGCCUUGGGAGCAAGUACAUUUGAUAAUGAUGUGUCAACUGUUUGUUCUCAAAUUCAAAAAGAAUACGAAGAUAUAAUUCGUGAAGAGGUCCGUAGAAGCUUAGUCACCGGCACGCCAUUACCAUCAACUGAAAGUUUACGCGAAAAAAGGAGAAUGACCAUUAUGUCUCCCAUAAUAUCCAGUAGCUUCUCAAAAUUCAGCCAAGAUGAAGAGGUGGAUCGUAUCAACCGCAGAAGAACCAAUAUUAAUCCGAGUUUUUGCAGACCUCCCAGCGCCACUUUAGAAGAGAGCAGUCAAAGCAAUAAAAAUCGUCGUAGAACCGAUAUUGAUUAUAAAAGCUUAAGGCCAAAUAGUGCAGUUUUAGAAGAUAUUAGUCCUGAAUUGACUUCAGAUGAUGAUUCAGAAGUGGGAUUAAUCAAUGGGGAAAAACCUGACAAAGCCCAAAUCUCCAUAGAUAAUUUUAGCACUGUUAUUGACGAUACCAUACUUGAUGAUAAUUCAGAUAAUUUACUUAGUUACUUGAGAAAUAAAAAACCUGAAACAUCGGAUAUGGAUUUAACUAAUAUACAAGAUCGUAGAGGUGCCGCUAGAAAAAGUCUAAGGGAAAUUAACGCACCGCAAGAUUCAAUUGAUAUGGAGCUCACAGGAAUUUUAAAUAGUAUGGGCAAAUCUGGAAGGAAGAAAUUGGAAACUAAAGAAAAUACACCUAAAAACACAAGAAAUAGAAGAAAAACUCUUUUUCAAGAAACACACGUUACAAAAACGACAAGCUCAUCUGACAAAUCGACUAAUAUAUCAGAUGAAAGCCUUCUUAAACGUAUAAAUGUGAAUAAAGUAAGUUCAGAUAACACCAAUAUGUCCAAUUUACAUCUUUCGUCAUCGGAUAACAUCGAAAUUCUAAGCAAAAAUUGCAGUAGUCCUUUGCAAACUACAAAUUUAAAUAAAAGCAACUCCAAUACUACCACCACAACAACAAACAUGUCAUCGCUACGCGUCGGGUCUACUAAAAGUGCAACUACAACCACAAGAACUGACAUGUCCGAUUUAAAGGUGUCAUCUGAAAACGCUUUUAAAAUUGAUUCCAGAAGCACAGAUAUGUCAUCUCUCAAAGUGUCUGAUAAUUCUGCGAGCAAUGGGCUGGAUCCCAAUGCUAGGGAGGUAAACUCUAAAAUUAAACCUGUAAGAAGCACUAAGAGAAACAAAAAGUCUGACGAAUCUUCAACUAUGUCUUCUUUGCGCUUAUCUUCUGACAAAAACGAUUUAUCAAGCUUACAGUCAAAACUUUUUUCCACAGAGCUAGCGUCAUUAAGAUUAUCAGAAACGGUAUGUCCUAAUGAAAGUUUAAAUUCCAGCGACAAAGAAAAAAAGCGUUCAAAAUUGCCUCUAUUUCCAACAAAAUCGAAAGAUUCUGCUAUUACUAAGACAGCAACAGAUAAUUCUUUCAAUGAUAGCUCAAGUUCCAGUGAGAUAAAUUACGGGAGAACCAGAAGACAAUCUAAAUUACCUUUAACAGACAGCAAUUUGAAUGAUUCUGCGAUCUCUAGAGCAAGUUCAAAACUGUCCUUUAGUCCUGUGGAUAUUAUUUCUGCAAUUUCUAUUAUUGAUGAUAAUAUAACAACAAGAAGAAAAAAAAUUAAUAAUAAAACACCCAGCAGUUUACAGAAGGAAUCUGUUUUUAAUGAUAAUGCGUCUAGAAGAAAGAGCCAAAGACUAGUAAAAGCUUGCAAGGAACCUAAUUUAGAAACUAACACCGAUAUAAGUGACGAACCUCUAGAUAAGAUUAAAUCGAAUAAAAAAGCAACUCCUAAAAACAGAGAAAUCAAUGUUAAUAAUAAUAUAGAUAAAUUUAAUCUUGACGAAGAAAACAUAAAGAACAAAACUCCUAAAACCCCCAAAAGCAACAAAACAACUAAUAAAGAGAUAAAAAAUAUUAGUGAUGAUAAGUUUACAACGAAGAAAACACCCAAAAGAAAUAUUAAUAAAAAUGUAACUGAAGCAGAGAAAACAUCCACAGAAAGUGAAGAAAGCAGUUCAGACUCGCCAAAAAAAAAACAAAAACGUGUGAGAAGGUUAUAUAAUCCCACAGACUCUCCAAAAACUCUAUAUCUUCACAGUGAUGAUUUGGAAAGGCAAGAAAAACGUUUACGAGCUUUAAAACGUAUUGCUGACGAAGGUCUUACAAUUUCUGAAACAAUUUCACAAAAUCCACCAGAAAAGUGGACUGAAUCAGUUCCGACCGAACCAGAAUUGGAAUCAAUAAAAUCGCCUAAUAAGAAACUGAAAGCGAUUAACAAAAGGGAAGCAGAGCAAGAGUUAAUGAAAGUUGUGGAAUCGAUCAAACCACCUGAUAAGAAACCAAAGAAAGCUAAGAAGGAAAAAGAUGUUUCCCUUAAUACUUCAGCUGACGAACAAAAAGAUCUAGUAAACGAAUUCGUGAAUCCCAAAACUCCCAAACGAAGACCCAAAGUUUUGGAAAGCCAAAGUGAAAACUCUAAAAGAAGAUCUCAAAGAUUAACUCAAAAAGACCAAGAUUAUGUUUUCGCAGUUCCUACAACUCCUGUGAGAAGGAGUACUCUUGAGUUCCAAAGUCUAUCGCAAAGUUUAAAGAAGGUGAGGAUUGACGUUGGCAAACAGCCUAGUAUAGUUUGUACGAAAAUGCAUAAGACCGAGGUGGAAACUUUUACUUCUAUUGUGAAGAAAUUAGGUCGUUUUAAAACUGAGGAUGAGGUUACCAGAAAUACGACGCAUGUGGUUGCUGGCGAACCAAAAAGAACGAUUAACAUGUUAAGGGCAAUUGCAUUAGGUUGUUGGGUACUCAAGAAGGAAUGGUUGUACGCUUCUUUAGAAGCAGGAAAAUGGCUCCCAGAAGAAGAUUUUGAAGAAACCGAUUUCUCACACACAGUACAACAAAGUCGUUUACAACGCCAAGCUUUUGGUUCUAAAUACUCUAUGGACGUUUUUCGAGAUGUAGGAAAUAUUUAUGUUGCUAAAUCAACCACUCCAAGAUGGUCUGAUUUAAAGGAGCUGAUUGAGUUUUGUAAAGGCAAAAUAGUUCUAAACCCAGAAAAGGCCAAAGUAAUAAUAGGAGAAUAUAGAAACCAAGAUGACACUACUUGUGUUAAGGAAGUGUGGGUUUUGGAUUCGAUUACUUUUUAUAAGACAAUGCCUUUAAAAAAAUAUUUGUUGCCUCCUAGAAACAGUAGUCCAUGUGUGUGAUUUUAUAUUUUUAAGAAGUUUUAUAUAUUUAUAAGUUUUAAGAAUAUUGGCAGAUAAAAAAUUAUUUUCCCAAUACAAAUUUUAUUACA